GUCCCCAUCGAGGUCAUUGAGCACAUGAUCGAUGAACUCGGUGCGGCCGAAGAUACCACGGCCCUCGUUCGUUGCAUCCGAGUAAACAAGGACUGGAUUCCCCGGACUCGCAUCCAUCUCUGGCGCACGCUCACGGUGUCGAGCAGGAAACAACUCCCCGUCAUCUGUGCCACGUUUGACCGGAACCCCACUCUUCAAUCCCUGGUAGAAGUGGUCCGGCUGAAGCCCGAUCGCUCAGUGAAG